AUGCAUGCAGGAAAUGCUCGCGAUUGCCAAGCGGACAGCCGAGAUAAAUUGGGAAGCCGUCAAACGCAGGCGAUCCGCCAGGGAGAGAUAGCAAGAACGACGGCCGCGGCGGCAGAUCUGUCGACACCGACUGCCAAGGCAGUGGCCACAACAACGGCUUCUGGUGCCUCGCGUUACACCGUUCCUUCUCCGGCGCCGGAAACUCCCGGUGUGGCUGCACAGAACCCUGUAGUCGUACCGUCGUGGCAACGACCUACCUCCACAACGACCGCUGAUACUCUGGGCAGCGAGCACAACACGCUGGGCGACGAGUCCCUGGAACUCCGUGGAACUUUAGCAUCUGAAGCGCGAGAACCGACGAAUAUUGUUGUCCAGGUGGAGAGCCGUAGUGCUAACCGCCGCAACGAUGUCUUGGCGAAUUCUAGCGGACAAGACGAAGAGCAAGAGGAGACAAAUGACUGCGACGGGGACGUUGGGACCGACACAAUCGUGAACGCACCGUACAACAGCGGUGUUAACAGCGGUGUUGAUGCUGGUGCCGGUGCCGGUGCUGGUGCUCAUCACAACCGACGAUCUGUUACAGAGGCUACAUCGGAUACGAAACAAGCUGAAGGAGGAUGGGCAUUCGCCACGAGCGCCGUGUCGGGGGCGGAAAUCGAUCGGGGUAACGGCGAACCGGUUGCGGCGGUGGCGACGGUAGGGCUGUUUGGAAAGGACAAACGUCCCCAGCAUAGUGAUGCACUUUCUGUCCCCGACGAUGAAGAGGAAGGGGAGGGAAGGGAGAAUAACUACGGUGGCAAUGGCCACAGUCGAACGGGCGAUGAGGCUGUGGUGAACGCGGCGGGGGAUGGGGCUACUUGGAAACCCGACGACUCCCUGGCCUCCUCGAUCCCAGCCGAGACACACAUUCGACCAAUGCCUAGUUUUUCCUCGUCGGAUGCCUCUGUUGUCGACGAACAACUUCUAGAAGACUUCGGCGAGGAUAAACCGAGAAUGUCGUCUACCAAACAGCUGCCAGACAAAAGCGGCGACCGACAUCACGCGGCGGUGAAAGAAGCGGCGUUUACCGACAGGGAGGAGGACGAUGACCAAGAGAAAUUCGAUGCCGGGGCGACGCGAACGGCGAAAUCCGUUUUAGCGAUGUUGACGCCGGUCGUCACCCCUCGCGAAGAACUAGCCGAAAGUGCUUCCAUGAGUUCGAGUAAUACCGCCGCCGCUGGUGGUCUUGCAGCGCAGGCGUCCGUGGGGCGCUUUUCUGAGUGGGACGACGAUGAUCACAAUGGCGGAGAUUCUGGAACCGACGAAGGUCGCGUGCCACCUUCUUUUGAGCCCCGGCCGACAUCGGCGUCGGACUUUCUGGAUGGAUCUACAAGGAACGCCAGUGGCAGAGGUUCCCUUGGCGCAGUAAACAGCCGCGGUGUGGUUACGAGUGACUUGGACGGCGGAGUGGUUGAGAGCACUGCCAUGGGGACGGCGGGGGAAGUGGCGACAGAGGAAGGUGUUGAAGGCAAGCUUGCUGACGACGGGCAGGGGCCUACCGCUAUGCUGUCGGUUGUGGGGGACCCUGAGGUGUGGGUGGCACUGCUAUGGUUGCUCGUGCGAAUGCCUUCGAGGGCAGUGUAA